AUGCUAUUACGACUACCCAAGAAUCUCCACUACCCUCUCACAAUCACAAAAGUCGAGAAGCGGGUCGGCGAGACUGUCGCUCGCAAUGAUGACCUAUUUCUCUACUCCUACACCACCAUAGUAAAAGAAGGCAGUCGUUAUGAUGAGGAAGAAAAAGAAGUGAACCGGAAGUUUGUGACCCACUUCCCUAGCACUCUCGAGGGUACAAUCAAGGCCUGGAGGGUGUGGGAAGGGGACGUCUUAACCCAUCCUGUCGACAUCUGUGAAAUCGAAGAGGAGUGCCCGCACACAGUGCAGUUCCUUGGUAUGUGCACUAACUGUGGCAAGGACAUGACAACUGUGCAGGCCGGCAGUGAAACCACCGAUGCAGAUCGCGCUCCUAUUCGCAUGGCCCACGAUACACCUCACCUCACUAUCAGCAAGGAAGAAGCAAGCCGGAUAGACGAAGAAGCGAAGCGUCGCCUACUUUCAUCACGCAAACUCUCUUUGGUGGUUGAUCUCGAUCAAACAAUCAUUCAUGCUGCCGUAGACCCCACGAUAGCGGAAUGGCAAAAAGACAAGGACAAUCCAAAUUACGAAGCUGUCAAAGACGUCCGUGCCUUCCAACUGAUCGAUGACGGUCCAGGCAUGAGAGGUUGUUGGUAUUACAUCAAACUUCGACCCGGGCUCGCCGAGUUCCUGGACCAUAUAUCGCAACUCUACGAACUUCACAUUUACACCAUGGGAACACGUCAAUAUGCUCAGCAGAUUGCCAAUAUUGUCGACCCGGAUCGGAAAUAUUUUGGCGACCGCAUUCUCAGUCGAGAUGAGAGUGGCAGCAUGAUCGCCAAGAAUCUGGAGAGACUGUUCCCUGUAGACACUAAAAUGGUGGUUAUUAUCGAUGAUAGGGGCGAUGUUUGGAAAUGGAGUGCCAACUUGAUUCGGGUCACUCCCUUUGACUUCUUUGUCGGUAUCGGUGACAUCAACUCAAGUUUCUUACCCAAGAAGGAGGAAAUCCAAACAACGCCAAAACCAGAGCCCAGCAAACCCGAGGAAAAAAGCACAGAGAAUGGCGAGCUUGGCGAGAAUGGCCAACAGGAAUCCAAUGGCCUUGCCGAAGACGGAACAUCAACCAUACAAAAUGGCACUUCAGCACUCGAACAGCUGAUGGCUAUGAGUGGCGGGGAUGAUCCUGCGGUACGAGAACUGCAGACGAAAGGCCAGGAAGAAAUUAUUGCGUUGCAAUUGGAGGGCAAACCCCUUCUCAAGAUGCAACUCCAGCAGGACCAGAAAGACGAAGCUGAAGCAGUUGCUAAUGGCGAGGUAGCCGCGUCGCAAUCCACGGAAUCAGACUCGAGCGACUCGUCGGAUUCCUCUGAGUCAAACUCUACGGGUCCAGCGAAACACAAAGCGCGCCACAGCAUUUUGAAAAAUGACGAUGAAGAGUUGAUUCACCUCGAGGCGACUCUUACCACUGUACACAACGCGUUCUUUGCCGAGUAUGACCGAAAGCGGAUGGGAGGUAAGGGCGGUCGAGUCGCAGAACUGACUGGCAAGCGUAAGGCGCCUCUGCCUUCCCAGGAUGAGAGCGACGGCCAGUCCGUGGAAUUGAUGUUUGUGCCUGACAUCAAGAAGGUGAUGCCCGCCAUGAAGCUGAGGGUCUUGUCGGGUGUCAGAAUUGUCUUUAGUGGAGUGUUACCUCUGGGCACCGACAUCCAAAACGCCGAUAUUAGUACUUGGGCUAAGACCUUUGGCGCCACCAUCACGGACAAGGUCACCAGAGACGUCACUCACGUCAUUGCAGCGCGGCCAGGUACUGCGAAGGUCAAGCAAGCGGUGAAACGUGGCAUCAAGGUCGUCAGUACCGCUUGGUUGAUCGAGUCUAUGCAACGAUGGCGCAGGUUGGACGAAAGACCGUACCUGCUCGAUGGCGUCGGGCGGCAGAAACAGGAGAUGUCUAGUGAGCUUGGCGACAACCUGGAAAAGUCAAGCGCUCCGCCCAAUGAUCUCCUUCUCAGUUCAUCCGAAGGCGAGACAACCGGGUUAGACACGGAAGAUGACCAACCCGCACGGAAGAGGCUGAAAUUGGAUACCAUCAAAGAUGAGAAUACUUCGGCAGAGUCAUUCGAGGACUUGGUUGAUGAUGGCAGUCCAAUCACAAUCAAUCAAGACGAGUGGGCAGAUAUCGAGGCGGAGCUGAAAGAGUUCAUGGGUAGCGAUGCUGAGAGCGAGAGUGACACGGACUCGGUCAGCUCCGCCUUGAGCUUGCGGGACCGGCGCGGGGCCAAACGAAGAAGAGAAGACGGAGAUAACGAUAGGUCAACCGGCGAUCUGGACACAUCGGCGACGGUCAAGAGGAACGGCACGGGGAGCGCUCUGAGGCGGGUUGCCAAUGUUGAUAGCGAAGUCGAGCCAGAAGCGACACCUGAGGACCAAAUCAGCCGGGAACAACGGGAGGUGGAAGAGGCGCAGGAAUUGGAAGAAGAGGAAGAAGAAGACUCGGAUGAUGAAUUGGCACGCGAGCUGGAGCGGGAGCUGGAAGAGGCUGAUGAUGAGGAAGAAAAACAAAGAGAAGCGGACUGA